UGAUAUUGGUUGGCAGAUUUUAAUUUAUUUUUUUCACAAUUACAAAUUUCCGAACAUAAUUGGAAUUAUUUUGUUUUCAACAGAGCAUUUCAUUAAAAUUAAGUAAGAUAAUGUACACAUUAUUACAUGGCUUCUAUAAAUACCUCACACAAAAGGAAGAAUACUGUGUAGUUAUAUUAGGUCUUGACAACGCUGGAAAAACGACAUAUUUAGAGGCAGCUAAAACAAAAUUCACCAAAAACUACAAAGGUAUGAAUCCAGCAAAAAUUACCACAACGGUAGGCUUGAAUAUUGGCACUAUAGAUGUGUCGGGAGUACGGCUGAAUUUUUGGGAUUUAGGUGGACAGCAAGAAUUACAAUCUCUGUGGGAUAAAUACUACCAGGAAUCACACGGUGUGAUUUAUGUGAUAGACUCAAAUGAUCGUGAGCGUAUGGACGAGUCAAAGGAAAUUUUUGACAAAAUGAUUAAAAACGAAUUACUCUCAGGAGUGCCACUGCUAAUUCUUGCUAAUAAGCAGGAUCUGCCCGAUGUAAUGGGUGUACGUGACAUAAAACCAGUAUUUCAACAAUCUGGCGCUCUUAUAGGCCGACGUGACUGUCUGACAAUGCCAGUGUCAGCGCUUACGGGUGAAGGUGUAAAUGAGGGUAUUAUAUGGUUAGUUGAAGCCAUUAAACGACAUUCCAUAGUGCGUCCGCCGCGAGAGAACGAUUGAUCAUGAUUGUGUGUGUUGCAGUUAACGGAAAUAUUUUAUAAUGUACAAUGUAAUCACUUUUUAUUUAUGUAUAUACUCUCAAGCAACACAAUGGGAGACUGGAGCAAACUUUUGUAUGUAAACAAAUUUAAUAUUUUUAGUAUACAUAUACAUAUAUAAUUAAAAUUAUUUUCAGUUUCCGCUUAUUUAACUAACUCUUUAAACUUAAAGAUAAGGUACUGACAAAUGAAAGUUUAAUUUAAUAAAAUAAUAGUAUUUUAUAGAAUGGA